AGAAAGUAACUCAGUGUUUCUGCCGGAACUUCACAGUGUGACACCCGGCGGAUGUAAACAAAGAAGCAUGAGCAGAGUUAGCUUCACUGCUGUGUGGACUGAGCUAUAAAACGGCUGUAUUAUAGUAUGAAUGAGAAAUAUCAGAGCGAUAAAGUAACGAUGUGUUCAGUUGAGUAUCUGAGAGAGUUGAUCAGCGACAGACGAGCUGCUGCUGCUGGAGAAAUAUUCUCAGAGUUUGAAAAAACCAUCGUCCAGUACCAGGAGGAGAUCGAUCGUCAGCGCAGACUGCUGGAUGUCAUCUGGAAACCACACAUCCCCUUACAACCCAUAGAGCUCCCACAGUCUUAUGUCUGUGAGAAUGAGAAGACUGUUGUUGACCAUCAGCCCCAUGACCAGGAGAGAAACUCCAUGGUGGAUCAUGAGGACCCAGAGCCUCCACGGAUUAAAGAUCAGCAGGAGGAACUCUGCACCAGUCAGGACCAAUCAAACCCAGAGAUUUCUCAAAUUAAAAUGGAACAGGAAGAAUUGUGCACCAGUCUGCACCAAUCAAACCCAGGGUUACCCCAAAUUAAAGUGGAACAGGAUGAACUCUGCUCCAGUCAGGAGGAAGAGUUAAUUGGAUUGAAACAGGAGACUGAUACCUUUGAGGUGACUCCUGCUGAUGAGGAAAGUGACCACAGUGAACCAAAACCAAACAGUGAUCAGCUCCUGUUUCACAUCUCUUGUGUAGCUGAGAGCCCAGAUCAGGAAGGAAACAAGGAUGUAGACUCAGGAUCAACUAGAUGUAUCGAGCAGAAACCAAGACAUCAGAGUAACAACAGUCACAGUAAUGAUGUAGACAAUGCUCCAACAUCAGCGAGACAGUGUGAUAAUGACAAGGAAAGAAAAUGUACAACAUGCGAGGUCUGUGGAAAAGCUUUUAGUCGUAAAUCAAAUUUAAUCAAACAUCACAGAACCCACACAGGUGAGAAGCCAUAUUCUUGUGAAACCUGUGGAAAAAGCUUCAGUCAGCGGAGCUCUUUGACUGAACACUUGAAACAUCACACAGGUGAGAAGCCGUAUGUUUGUGGAACCUGUAAAAAAGGCUUUAUUCGACGGACCCAUUUGACUGCCCACAUGAGAUGUCACACAGGUGAGAAACCAUAUGUUUGUAACAUUUGUGGAAAAAGAUUUUCUAGUUCAUCAGCACAUAAUAGGCACAUGGCAGUUCACAAAAUGGUAAAGCCAUAUUCUUGUGGAACCUGUGGAAAAAGCUUCAGUCAACGGCGCUCUUUGACUGUCCACAUGAGACGUCACACAGGUGAGAAGCCAUAUUCUUGUGGAACCUGUGGAAAAAGCUUUAAACAUAGUUAUCAAUUAAAAGCCCACAUGAGAAUCCACACAGCUGAGAAGUCAUGAUCCUGAAACAUCUGUGAAAAAUAAAGAAGAACUAAGCUUGAAACAACAUGUAAGAAUUGGUACAGGUUAAAAGUAGAUGUUUUAGAUUUAAAGCAGCUUUCGUCUGUGCUUCAACAACAAUUGUGAGGAAGUAUGUAUGCAAUCCUUGAUGAUUAGACCAGAUAGAGUCUGGACUGUGGUGGUGGAGCAGCAGGCAGAAGAACCAAACUGAAUGUCUGGAUGGAUAUGGUAUUGGUACAGACUGCUACAUUUCUGCUAUCAUGACAUCCUUCAUCAGCAGAGCACUGAUUGGAGAUAAUGUGAAGCUGUUUGGAACAUUUUCACUUUCUACUGAGAGAACAUGGCUGUUCAGGUGUGAACAUACUGCUGGAAUCCACUCAGCUUGAGCUCUGCUGUCUUUCAAGUAAAAGGAGGCAACGAGAUACAGAGACAUUGUGACAGUAGAACACAACAGAGUGUGUCACUGCAGCAGAGGAGAUCUGGACGUGAAAUAAAGUUGUAAUAAAACGUCUACAGCUCCAUGACUGCUUCAUGAAAUGUUUUGAAUGUUUUCAAACAGAUGAACAUUUACAAGUUGUUUCAUAAUGAAUGUAACACUGAAGAGCCCCAGCAAGAAUAACUCUGAGUCAGAUAUCAAAGACAUAACCAACAUUAUUAUGUUUUCAAGCAACAGACACGUGGUUUUACUAGUAGUAGCUGAUACACUCCUGCAAAUGUCAAAACCAGAAAUGUUAAAAACAGGUGAAGCUGUGCUGCAGUUUCUGCUGGUUACAUAAAGGUCUUAUGCUAUUUAUUUCUUCUGUUGUCACCACAUAGGUCAUCUGUGUGAUUUGUUCGUAGGAUCUCAUUGUGUCGUCAUACAGCACAUUGAACCCUUGUAUUGUCUGAACGUCCUGAACACUCCUCCUGUCCUCAGGGUCAGAAAUGACCUGCCUCCACUGAGCCUCUAAAAUAGAGCAGCUUAAUGGAAUUUUUAACCAAAAAUCUAUUUUACAUGAAGAAACAACCUGUCAUGCAUCACACACUUUGUGAAUGCCUGUUUUUGCUUCCUCAGAGGGUAGAAAGACUGUAUUUAAUCAGUGAACACCAUUCGUUUUUAUACCAUUGUUCAUGCUGUAACUGUUUUCUUUCUAUAAGUAGAGGUUUAUUAUCACUAUUAUUGCUGCUAAAGGUACUGCACAGGUGUAAACAUUUCUUGUUUUGCAAGAGAUAAUACUUCUAUAGCCUAAUAAAGUACCAGAAAUGUGCAGAAAUGAACUUGAAAUGCAUUUUUGAAAGGAAACAACAGUGUACUGUAUCCUGUACAAUGGAAUAUAAAACUACAAAACUCAACUACCAGAUACUAGUACUCUCUCAUUUUUUGGGUCAUUGCUCCCACCCGAAAGAUUCAUAACCUACAUCAAUCAUAAGAAUAGAAAAAAUAACAGAUUCAAGCAAAAAUAUUCCAACAUAUUAAGCUCUAAUUAACACAUGGAGGACAGACUGCAACUGUAUUUGUCACACGUGCAGCACACAGUAUUUGUUUUACAGUCCUUCUUGUUACUCCUGGAUGACUAAAAAAAUGUGAUCUCUGACCUGCUGGGAACUGAAACCUGAAAACUGCCCUCAUGGCUUCAGCAAUAUCAGAUUAGUCCAUAUUCAUUUGAAAAUCUGCAAAUAUGACAAUCUCAACAGUCCAGAAGUAGCCAGGGUGUAGAAUCUUGACCCCACUAUGUAUUAUGCUAGUUAUUUAAUGUUUUGUAACCUCGGUCACUUUUCCAUGGGGGUCAAUUUUCUAUCUGACACCGGGUAAAAAAUGACCUGAAGACAGUCUUUGUACCCUGGUGGUGUACAGCUUUGAUGAAAAUAUAAACAAAAACAAUGUUUCACUUUUUCUAAUGUUGGGGUCACUUGAGGAAAAGUGAUCAAAUUUCAAGUUGAAAAAGGUCAUUUAGGGGCCGUUCUAUGCUAUUAAACAUGGUGGCCUGGUUCAUUUUGACCCGAAGACAGCACUAAGGUUCAAACAACAGCAAAUCAGUAAAAGUAUUUUCCAGUUGAGUAUGCUAAGAAUUUACCUCAAGUUUAAAUAAUGAGUCCACAGUAUUAUUAGUUAUUUAAAGAAAUGCAUGACCAGAAUUAGCAACAAAAAUGACUAAAAUGAGACACAAAAUGAACAUCUCAUUUGGAUCAUUUUGUACAUUUCAGUCUGUUUUUAAGAAAAAAAAGUGUCAUAAAUCAGACUGUAAAUGAUCUAUGAACAAAGCUCUCUGUAAAAACCCUCAGAAUGUAGAAUAGAAUAAAUGUGGACAGUUUCAUGACUGGAAGAGAAGAUUUCUGGAUCAGUUUGUGUCUCAUUUGUGUCAUUAUGUGUUUUGUUUUGGUCAGUUUACGUCUUUCUGUCUGGUUUUAAACAUUUUGCAUCUUUUCAUGUUUUUUUUUCUUCCAUUUUGGUCAUUUUGUGCCUUAAUUUUGACCAUUUUGUGGUUCAUUUUGGUCAUUUUUUUGGUUUAUUUCUAUUUAAAAUUGUUCAUCUUGUUAGUUCUUUUGGUCAGUUCACGUCUAUUUCAUCAUUCUGUGACUCAGUGGCCAUUUCUGUUUCAGUUCUCAUCUCAUUUUAACUCUGAAUUGCUCAUUUUAUCUCUCAUUUUAGUCAUUUUGCAUCACUUUAAGGUUGUUUUUUCAUUUUCUACAUUUUGUGUCUCAUUUUCGUCAUUUUUGCUUAAUUUUAGUCCCAUUUUGGACACUUUUAUCUUUUUGUUUCACAUUUGAUGUCCCUUUUCUAAUUUUAUGGCUCAUUGUGGUAUUUUUCUAUCUUGGUCGGAUGUUUUAUGUUCCAUUUUGGUCAUUUUGUGUCCCAUUUGAACUGUCCCAUAACAUUGUUGGACCGUUCAGUAGACUCUGUUUGGGUCUUUUUCUCACCACUGAAACAUUUUGUCCAUUUUUAUCUCAUUUUGGUCAUUUUAUAGAUUAGAUUAGAUCCAACUUUACUGUCAUUGCACAGAGAACAAGUACUAAGACAGUAAAUGCAUUUUUUAAAAGUCCAUUGUGAUGUCAGAGAGAAGAACUAACAACUGUUACCACAUUCCAUAUUCUGAAGAAAAACAUGGAAACACUUGAGAAAGUCAGUUUAACACACAAAGCUUGGAGAUAUUGGAGAGUUGUGGUGAAGAUUUCAAGUGUGAAACUUGUGAAGACAUUGUGAGCAAAGACUGUGACAGAAAAAUGAAGCCUCCUCAGCCAGAUAGGAAACAUUCAGGUAAGACAGAAGUCCAGACAACGAGCUGCAACUCAGCUCCAGAUAUCAAACUACACACUGACAUGUUAGACUGAAGUUUUCACAACACUGACAAGCUAACAUUUGCUCAUUUUGUGCCUUAUUUUGAUCAGUUUGCAUCCUUAGGGUUGUUAGUGGAUAAAAUGUUGUCAUUUUUUAUCUCUUUUUGUUGUUUUUGUUCCAUUUGGGUGACUUAAAGGCUGUUUUUGUUGAAUUUGCUCAUUUUGUGUCUCAUUGAGGCUCAUUUUCAUCAUUUUGUGUCUAUCCUUGGCCACUUUUUGUCUUUAGGAUUGUUUUUACUCCUCAUUUUUCGUGCUUUUAAUGUUUUUUGUUCCAUUGUGAACAUUUUGUGUCUCAUUUAGAUAAUUUUUUUGUAUCAUUUUGGACAUUUUGCAUCUGUUUAAGGUUUUUCUGUUUCAUUUUAUGUCUCAUUUUGUGCAUUUCAGUCUGUUUUUAGGGAAAAAAGUGUCAUAAAUCAGACUGCAAAUGAUAUAUGAACAAACCUUUCUGUAAAAACUUUUAGAAUGUUGAAUAGAAUAAAUGUGGACUGACUAGGUAACCUUACAGAACCUUUACUGUUGUGAUGUACACAUUAACCUGACUUUAUACACUCCAAGAAAAUAUAUAUCUAACCGUUGUGAUAGGGAUAAAUAGAAGUUCCAAUCUGUUGAUUUUAAUUGCAGGAUAAUGCUUUAUUAAAAUAUAUCUCAGCAGGGAAAUAGCUAUAGCCAUUAAAUCAUCAGACAAUGAAUCAAUAGUUAGUUAAUAUUUCAGUGGCUCGUCAUGAUUCCUAACUGCUACUAUGCUUUCAUAGAAGAAGAGUAAUAAUCACCCACAUUAUGUAAUUUGGAGGGGGAGAGCAGACGGUGUGGCCACAUCCGGCUGAUCACCUGAAGAACGACGAGCCUUGGAGCCUCCAGGGGGAAGCAGAGAGAGUUCAGUCCAGAUUUAGAUCUGCUUGUGUCCUUUUUUGUUGUUUGGGCCAAUAAAAACUUUGUUAUAAUCCUC